UCCCAGAGUUUUAUAUAAAAUACGGCUGCACACAUAGAUUUGCUUAACUUGAAACAUGGUGUUGAUUUGGACUCAGUUUGGUUUGAAACACAAAAACCUUAAGUGUAAGGUUCGGGUUAUACACAGCAAUGACAGCUGGAUAAUGGGGCAAGCACGAGUGGUCCCGGAAGUGCACUGUCUGUCCAUCACGGCCAUGGGGAAGGACUACUAUAAGAUCUUGGGGAUCCAGUCAGGCUCCAACGAGGAUGAGAUCAAAAAGGCCUACAGGAAAAUGGCCCUCAAGUUCCACCCCGACAAAAACAAGGACCCCAACGCCGAGGAGAAGUUCAAGGAGAUCGCGGAGGCGUACGAGGUGCUGAGUGACCCAAAGAAGAGGGUGAUAUACGACCAGUAUGGCGAGGAGGGUCUGAAAACUGGUGGAGGGGGAACCACCGGAGGGCAGGGAAACACCUACCACUACACUUUCCAUGGGGACCCUCACGCCACCUUCGCCUCCUUCUUCGGGGGCUCCAACCCUUUCGACAUGUUCUUCGGCCACAGCCGCUCCCGAGGGACCACCAACGGCUUUGGGGACCACGGGGACCACGACAUGGACAUCGACCUGGACGGCGACGACGACCCCUUCAGCCCCUUCGCCCGCUUCGGCUUCAACGCCAUCAACGGGUUCCACCACGGCGGGGCGGGGGGCCGCCGGCUGCACUCGGAGGCCCAGCGCAGCCGGCGCAAGGUCCAGGACCCGCCGGUGGUGCACGAGCUGCGCGUCUCCCUGGAGGAGAUCUUCCACGGCUGCACCAAGCGCAUGAAGAUCACCCGCCGGAGGGUCAACCCCGACGGCAGGACCCUGCGCACCGAAGACAAGAUCCUCAACAUCGUCAUCAAGAGGGGCUGGAAGGAGGGAACCAAGAUCACCUUCCCCAAGGAGGGCGACGAGACGCCGGAGAACAUCCCCGCCGACAUCGCCUUCGUGCUCAAGGACAAAGGACACCCGCACUUCAAGAGGGAUGGCGCCAACAUCAUCUACACUGCUAGGAUCAGUCUUAAAGAGGCUCUCUGUGGCUGCACAGUGAACAUUCCCACCAUGGACAACCGAGUGAUACCGCUUCCCUGCGGGGAGGUCGUCAAGCCGGGCACAGUCAAGAGACUGAGAGGGGAGGGGCUCCCCUACCCAAAGACCCCCUCCCAGCGCGGUGACUUGAUAGUGGAGUUCCAGGUGCGCUUCCCCGACAGGAUACCCCCACAGUCCAGGGAAAUCAUCAAACAGCACCUGCCCGUGUCGUAGGACUGCCAGCGGACUGAAACCCUGGGAUUUCUCUCCCUCUCUCUCUCUCUCUCUCUCUUUUUUAUCAUGCUAAUUUUCUGGAUGCCAAUAUUUAAUCAGAAUUAUAAAGGAAAAUAAAGUGCCACAAGAGUUUUGUUUUAUUAUCUUUCAUGUAAAGAUGUUCCUUUUUUUACACACGCGAGGAAGUGCGGACGUGUGGACUGGUCUCUGUGGACGGACUCUCGGGGCUGGG